AACCCACUCAUAUCUUGAACUUGAGUCUUCUUCAUUCUCAGGUGUUUCAGAGAACAAAAAUUGUGUGCUACAUGGACCAGGGGUUCAAAGUGCCACUUCCGUCAUUGUGAAAAAGCCUUUGGUAGUGAUACUGUCUGCUCAUUAUGGAGAGUGGGAAGAUGUUCACAUCAACUUUGUGGAUUUAGACAUAUGGAAAUAAAGCAAAAAUACACCAAUAUCUCAUGUUUCUGGGAAACUCAGCCUUUAGGCUGCGUGAGGAUCAGUUGCGUCUUUCAUCAUAGCAAACCACGUAAUAUAAAUGGACUUUUUUUACCACCUAGUAGCAAUGUCUCUCUCACACAAGAUUUUCAGGAAAGUACCCUGCAUCCUUCCCUUAGCCAAGAACCCCUGAAAGGUCAAGAAAGCACUUUAAGACCCAUUCACCCUCCACUGAUCAUAAACAUCAGCCUUGAGGAGGAAGAGGAGGAGGAACAAGAAGAAAACUGUAUCUCUAAUUUAUUGACAAAGACUCCUGCAGACAUUGAGGAAGAAAGAGCAAUAAGGGAAAUAUGUUAUAAAUCUGGAGAGUAUUACAGAAUUCAGACUCCUCAGGAAAACUACUCAGUAAAAAUUAUGUCUUCAGCACUGCAGAUUGAGCUCUUGAAGCCUAUGGAAACUGGCAGAGAUUUACAGGAAGGUGAUGGUGUUUCAGUUCCAGCAAAGUUUCAUAAUAUAAAAAGACAAGGAGAAAUAAUAGUAUCAUUAAAUGGAAACUCCAGGACGGACCUUGGCUCCUUUGAAAAUGGAGGGGGUGAUUGUUAUGUGCCACAAAGGAACAGAGUUGGUGGAGGGAAGAAAAAUGAAGCAUUAAAUGGGGGGAAACAGUUAAUUAUAUCAAAACCUUCAGAUAUAAAAGGAAUGAACUACACUGAACCUGUAAAGAAACAUCACUUUAAAGGAGUGAAGAAAAAGAAAUGGAUUUCUGAGGAAUCAAAAAACUCAUCUAGUACAUAUUUGGGGAAAGCAACGCAUGGUUCUCACUCAAAAAGUGAAGCAAAUUGCCAAAGAAGUUAUCAAAGGCAGAAUUUCGAGAAUGCUUCUUAUAUUCCUUCUCUAAAAGCUUCUGGGAGAAGCACUUAUUUCUAUUCGCCAGAACCUGGAAGAUCAACAAAUGUGACCAACAGCAAUGUCAGCUUCAGUAAAGAAUCCAAACUGAAUAUAUCUACAGACAAAUGCACUUCAGCAUCUUACAAUGCACCAAUUUGGAGAAAAAGAAGCCCACAUACAAAAAGCAUACUCUAAGUCUGAAAAAAUCCAUUCAGAGCCAAGAAGAAGUGGAAGCAAAUAAAAAGCCAAGAUUGAUUUGGAGAAAUGAACGAAAGAAAACCACGAUACCUCAUACAAUUUAGAGGAAAAAAUAUAAAAAUGCAAAAUCAAAGAAUAAGAUUACAAAGUAUUUUACACUGACAAUCUGAAGAUGAUAAAAUGCAAAUUGUAAAAAUAAGAUGCAAGAAGUACACUGUAGUGUCUCAAACCUGAUAAAAAUGCAAAUUAAAAAAGUCUA